GUGUGUGUGUGUGUGUGUGUGUGCUUUGUAUACAUGUCCAAGUGUGUCAGACACAGUCCGUCUAGUGUUUAAGAGGACAGCUUCUCCUGAGUCUGACAGCAGUCUCAACUGGAACCAAGACACAAUCUCUCUUCACCUGGUGAACAGGACCUAAGUUUUAACCAUGGCCCGUCUGGAUCAGGUCAUUACAAACAUUGUGGACAUAUUCAUGGACUAUUCUGAAGAUGGAGGCAAAAAACGGCAGUUAAACAAAGAGGAGCUCAAGAAGGUGUUUGAGCAAGAGAUGCAAAGCCCAGAGUUAAAGGGUAAUAUCAAUGCAGAUGACAUUGAAGAAGCCAUGGAGAUGCUGGACAAAAACCAUGAUGGUGAGGUGAACUUCCGCGAGUUUUGUCGGUGUGUUUCCGUCCUUGCCAAAUGCUAUUACCACAAGAAAACAGGCAGAGGGGGCAAGAAAGGCAAGGGCAAAGGACAAGAGGGUGAACAAGAAGGAUGAAAAAGCUGAAACAUGUCUUACACAUGUGACACGUAAAGUAUAUGCUAUUUCUGACACUGCUGACUGUGGAAACAGAUGCUGCUAGAAAAUAGAAAAACUUCUCUGUAAACUUGUUUUCAAUGAAGUGUAAACUGACUCAGAAAAAUUAAAACAUAUUAAGUCUU